GACUUCCUGAUAGGCAAAUACCAAAUGUUGAAGUGUUUACAAGUAAAUCCUAUCUUUUCCAUGGAGUUAAAUACUGCUUCUACCGUUGUCAUUAAACUGUAGUUUCUCGCUCUUUCUAAAUUCUUGAAGUUUUUAUUUCUAUAUGGGAAUGUAGCUACACAAAUGCACAUUUGUGACAAUUUUGACGUGUAGAAACCAAACACUGUAUUACUGUUUGCACAAUGUUUACGCUGUUACGGUCUUAAAGUCAUAGCUGAAAAAUACUGGAAAAUUUAUUUCUUUGGAAUGCUGAAACAGACUAUAGUCAAUGAUCAGAGGGUUACUACAAACUGCUAAUACUGCGUUAUUUUCACUAUAAACAAGAUUUUUUUACGAAAUGAAUAGCUUAAAGGUUUGAAAGCGUUGGAGCUUCUUUUAUGUAAUGAAUGUUAAAUUUCUGUGUUUGAAAACAUUAGACUGUGGUAGAAUGCGUUGAUGUACUUUGGGAGAACAAACGCUGGUAACUUUUUUCGUUAGAUUCUUUUCAUGAAAAGGGAAGAAAAAAAUGCAUAUGCAAGCAAUGUAGCGAAAGAUGUAACGAAAUAACUGUGCAUCCUGAAUCAUUUUUUGUUCCAUUUUAUUGGGAAAAGAAGGCUAUUACGUCGAUUAUGACGCCAUUUUAUUGCGCUCUAUUUGACGUCAAAUAUAUAUGACACUUCAGUUGUACACACAGCUUGCAUUUAUUCAUGAUGGGCAAGCUAUCCUACAGUGUACCAGAGAAUCUACCAGAGAAAGACUGUAAUAUAACAAUGGAUUCUCAUAAGUUUUACGAAACGUCAAACAUGAGAGAUUAUCAAGGUCUUCCUGGUAAACCUGCUGAAAACGCACGACCACCAACAUCAAAUUUUUACUCAGCAACAGACACUGGGACGACAAACUACGCUGAAGAAUUUGCAAGAAAAGAUGUAAUGAAAGAGGACUUUGGUAGACCUGGAACUUGUUCUGGACAACGAAAGAACAAUCCACAUCCAUUGGAAACAUUUAUGGUGUGGAAAUUCCCAAACAAGUUACCACGUGAGGAGCAAAUUAAAAUUAAAGAAGAGCUCAUGCAUGAAAUAUGUCAAGAUAAAACCAGAUCGACCUAUCAGGUUGACUAUUUCGGUCAAAAACAAGGCGACGAAUUCAAAAAAAGUUUACCAUCUAAAUUUGUAAACACAAAAAAGGACGUCGUCCCUGACUAUACACUCAACACAACCGUUCGCGUCGAUUACCAAAAGCCGUCGUACAAAGGAAACCUAUCUGGUAAUACGACUCGAUAUGGGUGCAACAACAAAGGACGGCAACCAGCUGUCGGAGUCGUCCCAACCGUCAUACAACGAUCGCCUCUUAUAAAACCAGCAUACGAUACCUCAUACACGGAUGAGUUUGCAAGUCAAAAAGAGAAAAACGAACCGGUAACCGAUUUGUGCAAAUAUAUGCAAAACAUGUCGGCUGAUGAAAAGAAAGUUAUUGCAAAUAUGUUGGAAGCGAUAAACAAUAAGAAUCCAGUGGAAAGGAUAUCUUGCUGGGAUGGGCCAAGUUGGAAAUAACUCUGAAACUAUAAUACAUGUAAAUACGUAUACGUGUCAAACACAGUUCGUUUUUAAAGGCG